UCAAGGCACAACUUCUCUAGACUGCUAGUCCGGAGGGUUCUUAAAGGGCCAGGCCUCUCCCAUGCUGUUCCGUUUCGGGGUAAUUUUGCCCGCCAGGCUGGCAGAAGGCGGCACGGCGCUAUGUCUGUCAGGCUCGCGCCCGGAGCUGGGUCACUGGGACCCUCAGCACGCCUUGACCAUGAAGCCGGCGCGGCCACUAGCUCCUCUGCCUGCUCAAGAACCGGUGCUGUGGCUCACGGAGGUGGCCCUUCCCGAAGAAGAGGCCGCGUGCACGUUCUGGUACAAGUUCCUCAGGCGGCACGAGACGGGGGAGACAGUCUGGGAAGGCAAUGGACCUCACCAUGAUCGAUGCAGUGUUUAUAAUCCAAGCAACUUGGUUGAUGGAGUUUACUGCCUUCCAAUAGGGCACUGGAUUGAAGUUUCUGGACAUACUGAUGAGAUGAAACAUACAACUGACUUUUAUUUUAAUAUAGCUGGACAUCAAGCUAUUCACUACUCCAGAAUUUUGCCAAAUCUAUGGCUGGGAAGUUGCCCUCGUCAAGUGGAGCAUGUGACUGUGAAGCUAAAACAUGAGUUGGGGAUUACAGCUAUAAUGAACUUCCAGACUGAAUGGGAUAUUGUUCAGAAUUCUUGGGGGUGUAACCGCUAUCCAGAACCUAUGACCCCAGAAGUUCUCAUGAAGUUGUACAAAGAAGAAGGCCUUGCUUAUGUCUGGAUGCCAACUCCAGACAUGAGUACAGAAGGUAGAGUACAGAUGUUGCCUCAGGCUGUCUGUCUCCUCCAUGGGUUGCUGGAGAACGGGCACACUGUCUACGUUCAUUGCAAUGCAGGUGUUGGCAGGUCCACAGCUGCAGUUUGUGGCUGGUUAAAAUAUGUGCUGGGAUGGAAUUUGAGGAAAGUGCAGUAUUUUGUGGCUUCCCGAAGAGCAGCCAUCUACAUUGACGAAGAAGCUCUCAUGUCUGCUGAGGAGGAUUUCUUUCAGAAAUUUGGAUCUCUUCAUUCUUCAUGCAAGCCUUAACAGAAAAAAAGAGGAAAUCAGUAGAGCUGCUGUCAAACCCAAGCAUUUGACAAAUCAGUGACAUGGCUCUCAAAAUGGCAUGAGUGCCUGAAGAAAAGAAUAGAUUGUUAUUACUCAUAAGAAUAAGAAGCAUGAUACGCCCUCUGAAUGCAUGCUUUACAUUUUUAGUUUUCCUGAAACAAUUUAAGCAUAAGGACUUUAAUUCAACUGUGCAUGCAGGCAGAGCCAGGGCUAUGAGUGAGUGAGCAGUUCUGUUGAAAAGCAAUAAUUAUUGCUAAGCAGGAUGGUAGAGAGGGCAACCAUGGGAAACUAAAUCCACCCUAUCCUUUUCCUCGCAAACAGUUGCUGAAGCACUAUUUCAGUUUUUUAAAACUGCAUUUUCCAUACGCAGCCCCCAGCAGUAGUAAGCACACUACAUAUGUGGACACUCUGGUCCUCUUCCACCUAGGGAAUUAUGGCCUUUUUUGCAUGGCACAAUUACAUCGGGGUUGAACUGGAUCAUAUAUACUUGGGCUUUUAAUCCUGGUUUCUGCCUAUGCACAGCUCCCCACUUCUGCCCAGGUGCAGAGUUAGGACCAGUAGGAAAUGCUCCAGUUUGCUCCGCAUGAGCUGGACUUCUGUAUUUACUUUGGAGG